AUGAAGCAGAAGUUUGGUGGAAACCAAAAAGUAAAGAAAUCACUUCUUAAUGCAUUAAGAAGAGAGUUUGAGGUCCUGGAGAUGAGAAAGGAUGAAACCACCACUGAGUAUUUUGCAAGAGUAAUGCUGGUUGCCAAUAAGAUGAGAAGCAAUGGAGAAGAAAUGCCAGACAAGAAAAUUGUAGAGAAAAUUCUACGCACCCUAACUGAAAAAUUUACAUAUGUUGUAGUGUCCAUCGAAGAAUCAAAGGAUACUAAUACUAUGUCCAUUGAUGAGUUACAGAGUUUGUUAGUGGUGCGUGAACAAAAAUUUCGACGUCCUAGCAACAAUGAUGAGGAUCAAGUUUUGAAAGUUGAAGGUCGAUCAAAUACAAGUAACAGAGGGAGAUGA